AUGUAUCCAGAUGUCUACGGAUCUAUGUACGUAGCUUGUGCAUUCCUGCCGUGCAUCGAGUCAAUACGGCAAGGCGCCUUUUUUCUCGCUAGAGCGGGCCUACCGAACCCAAGUGCCUACCUUCACUCAGACUCUUUGAACCUUCGUCACCUCACCUUACCUCCACCCAACCUCGCCCACAGUGUUUGCUCUCCCCUCCACCCACACAUCUCCCGCUCUCUCCCUCUCUCCCCCAUCCGCCGCUCUCCCUCCAUUCCCCCCUCCCUUCCCGGCUCGUUCGUCCCCCCGUCGACUCUUGCCACUCGACCAAUUCCACCACUCCUCACCCCCCGCGCUUCCUUCCCACUGAUCCAUCUCCAUCCAGCCUCUCUCCCCCCGCCCACCCUAGGCCAUUCAUACAUCAUGUCUGCCGACGAGAACCAGCAGUCCGCCCAGGAUCUCAACCAGGUUGGCGAUGCCAUUGGCCGCAUGAGUGUCAACGACGACGGCGAUGUCAUCCCUCGCACCGAGGAGGAGUACGCCGAGUCGCAACUCACCCUUCGCGCCAUCGUUUCCUCCAAAGAAGCUGGUGUCAUUAUAGGAAAGGCAGGCAAGAACGUGGCCGACCUGCGCGACGAAACUGGCGUGCGUGCCGGUGUCAGCAAGGUCGUCCAAGGCGUGCACGACCGUGUUCUCUCCGUCACCGGUCCAUUGUCGGGCAUCUCUAAGGCCUACGGUCUUGUUGCCAAAGGCCUUCUCGAAGGAGCUCCCCAGAUGGGCAUGGGAGGUCUCAUCCGCAGUGACGGUACCCACCCUAUUCGUCUGCUCAUCUCUCACAACCAAAUGGGUACCAUUAUCGGCCGUCAGGGCUUGAAGAUCAAGCAGAUCCAGGAUAGCUCCGGAGUGCGCAUGGUCGCACAGAAGGAGAUGCUACCCCAGUCUACUGAGCGCAUUGUCGAAGUUCAAGGCUCUCCUCAGGGCAUUGAGAAGGCCAUUUGGGAGAUCGGCAAGUGCCUCAUUGACGACCACGAACGCGGCUACGGCACGGUGCUCUAUAACCCUGCCGUCAGGGUUCAGCCAGGUGCUGGGACCAUCGCGAACGGCGCCGCCGCUGGCGGCAUGGGUGGCAGUGGCGGUAUGGGAAGCGGUCGCUCCUACAACCGCACUGGCCACGGUGCCGACUUCAGCGACGCACCUCCUUCAUACAACAACAGGCGGUCGGGAUCCGAUGCCGCCAGCCGCCCCCCGCCCCCCACGCACACUGAAGACGGAGAAGAGAUGCAGACGCAGAACAUUAGUAUUCCCUCUGAUAUGGUCGGCUGCAUUAUUGGCCGUGGUGGCACCAAAAUUAGCGAGAUUCGCAAGACAUCUGGUGCACGCAUUUCCAUCGCCAAGGCCCCACACGACGAAUCUGGUGAGCGCAUGUUCACCAUCACUGGAAGCGCCACAGCCAACGAAAAGGCUCUGUAUCUCUUGUAUGAGAACCUCGAAGCGGAGAAGAUGCGCCGCAGCCAGGCCGCUGAAUAG